AUGGAUAAAAAUCAAGACAGUAAAAAAUGUUUCUGCGCAAGAUGCUUCUUGCCAAUAGAAGGUGAUGAUAAAGUCGACAUCGAGGGUCAGAACUUCCACAGAAUAUGCAGCAUGUGUUGUGUUUGUCGAACAAUACCAACUUCUCUCAAAAUGUUCUACGGCCACGUGUUCUGCAACGAUUGCUUCAAGACUCACGUCAUGAGCCGCUUCAAGGGAGAGAACUCUCGUAUUCAUUCAAAUAGCUGGUGGAUGCAAUGGGCGCCUGGUAUGAAACCUCAAGAAAAGGAGAAAACUGAAGAUUCCAAGCCUGAAUCAUCUGAAGAGCCGCCGAAGCGUUACAUCUGUGCAAGGUGUCUCCAACAUGUUGAUGAGUGUCACCGGGUGACCAUUGGUGACCAAAAUUUCCACCAGCAGUGUGCUCAAUGCUAUUUCUGCCGCAAGAUACCUACAAAAAACCUGAAGAUAUACUACGGCCAGGUUUUCUGCGAGGAGUGUUUCAACCAGCACGUGCUGAGCCGUAAUCGCGACAAUCCGUCAGAGUUCUUCAGGAACUGCUUCGAGCAGUGGCAGAACAAUGCCCAGUUUGCUGAGAACAUGCGCGAUUUCAUGACGGGCAACAAGGAGUCUGUGCCGUUUGUUUUCGUGAUGCAGGGCCAGCAGCCGCCUUUCUGCAGAUGUGGGACUGGCCCCCAGGAUUGGUUCCAGCAAAAUGAACCCAAAAAAUCUGCGACCCCGGCGGACGACCCUUGGGAGCUGUCGUUUGAGAACCGUACAGAGGUUUCCGAUUUACCAGAAUCUAGCGUGAUUGAAUCAGCAAACCAGGAACUGAGCGUCGCCGCAGCUGAAAAAAUCGAAAAGCUGACAAAAUAUCUGCACGAAAGGAGCGGGAUUGAGGAGAACAUCCGGAAAUGGAAGUUGAUGGAAAAUGACGUGACCUCCAACACUUGGAUCGACUUGCAAGACAAGAAGAUUGACCGUUUGGAUUGUCCUAAAUGUUUGUGGCAGUGUGGUCCUAUCUAUGUGAACAGUGAGUACUUGCGGAGGCAAGUCUGCGAAAAAAGUUAA